UGUUGUCUGUUACUUAGAUUGUUAUGAAAAAUAAUACAUUUGGUAUUUGCUAGUUUUUUCAUUCUUCGGAAUAAUGACAUGUUAUAUUGAAUAAAUAAACAUGGGUGAUAGACACUACGAAAACAACAUAAAAGAUUAUGGAGGCGAAGAUCUCGUCGGAAGUGAUGGAAAAUUGAUUGACAAGUACUGUACACCUUUAAAGCAGGGAAUAGAACAUAUGUUAGAGAGAUUGUACACUGGGCUAGAAAAUGAAGAUGAUGAUAAUUACUCUGUUUACACUGGAAUAGGAGGCAUUGCCUUGCUGCACCUCCGACUGUACUCGUACAAGAAUUCUGAUAGAGGCCAGCUUGAGUGUGCACUUGACUGCUUGAAACCAGCGCUUAAAAGGUUAAAGGGUCGAAGGAUCUCUUUUCUCUGUGGAGAUGCCGGUCCACUUGCACUAGGAGCAGUGGUUUAUUCCAAGCUUGGGAAUACUGCGGCAUCUGCGGACUGUAUCAAACGACUUGAAGCUUUACACAAGGCAGUAUGUGAAGAUCCAUCUUUGCCUGACGAACUGUUGUAUGGUAGGGUUGGCUAUAUGUACGCCCUGUUGUUAGUCAGAAAACAUUGUGGGAAUGAUAGCAUUCAUAUGGAUAUUGUGUUACAGGUGUACAAAUGUGUGAUAGACUCGGGACUUCACAUGUCCCAACAACAACGGUGGAAACACCCUCUCAUGUACGCCUGGCAUGACAAGCAUUAUCUUGGGGCUGCCCAUGGACUAGCUGGGAUAUACUAUAUGCUAAUGCAGGUCUCGGAUUCUUCGGUCCAGAAAUACAUACAAGAAUUAGUACGACCUAGCCUCGAGUGGAUGUUAACCCUCCAAUUCCCUUCCGGUAAUUGCCCCUCCUCAUUGGGGUCCUCAACGGGCGAUAAGCUGGUACACUGGUGUCAUGGGGCUCCGGGCUGGAUACACACUUUCGUCGAGGCAUAUAAGUUGUUUGGGGAGGACCGCUACCUCCAGGCGGCAGUCAGAUGCGCGGACGUCAUCUGGGAGAGGGGCCUCCUCCGGAAGGGUUAUGGGAUUUGUCACGGUACCACGGGCAACGCCUACGCAUUCCUUGCCAUGUACCAGCUGACUGAUGAUAAAAAGUAUCUUCAUAGAGCUUAUGAGUUUGGAAUGUUUUGUAUUCAUCAGAGACCACCAAGAAUUCCCGAUGCUCCUUACUCGAUGUUUGAAGGUUUGGCUGGUACGAUCUACUUCCUCGUGGAGCUCCUGACACCAUCAGAGGCACGGUUCCCGGCAUUUGCUUUCUAAGAAACCUCCUGGGAAUGUGAAGAUGACGCCAUCAGAAUGUUUGCGAAUGACGUACUUUGCAAACGACAUAUUUUGCUGACAGUAGAAUUACGUCCGUAAAUUGUAUGUCAUUGACGUCUACAAUAAACGUGGCGUGUAAAAUACUCAAUAUUAAAUGACAAUUACGUGCGUGAAAGUUGACUCUGAGAACGUACGUUUUUUUUGAAGGCUUAAACACGCACGCACGCACGCACGCAUGCACGCACGCACAUCGUCUUUACAAAGAUAGUGCAGUGCAAUUGACGUAAAUACAUAAAAAAUGUGUAUGACGUCUUUAAAACGUUUGUAAAUUGACGUCUUUAAACGUAUGCAAAUGACAUCUUGAGAAACGCGGAGGCGAAAAUUCUGUAUGCUAACGACGUUUUUUAAAACGUUUUUAUAAAUGUGCAUGGCGUAUGAUAGAUAGACAGAUAGUUAUUUUGAUCUGAAGAAGAAUCUCAACUACAAAAAAAGAUGCCUGCCUUCUUUACUUACUGGAUGGACAAGAAUAUACUCAAACGUAAACCUGCACCAUGUAUUUAUAACUGUGGCUACAAAGAAGGUACUAGUAUGACGUGAACUGAUUAUCCCCCUCACAUAAUCUCCGAGUGAGUGUCACUUCCAUCAUUCACCCCCUUACAUAUUCUCCGAGUGAGUGUCAUUACCAUCAUUUACCCCGUUACAUAUUCUCCGAGUGAGUGUCAAUACCAACAUUCAGCCCCCUUACAUAUUCUCCGAGUGAGUGUCAUUACCAUCAUUUACCCCGUUACAUAUUCUCCGAGUGAGUGUCACUUCCAUCAUCCACCCCCUUACAUAAUCUCCGAGUGAGUGUCAAUACCAUCAUUCACCCCCUUACAUAUUCUCCGAGUGAGUGUCAUUACCAUCAUUUACCCCGUUACAUAUUCUCCGAGUGAGUGUCAAUACCAACAUUCAGCCCCCAUACAUAUUCUCCGAGUGAGUGUCACUACCAUCAUUCACCCCUUACAUAAUCUCCGAGUGAGUCACUACCAUCAUUCACCCCCUUACAAAAUCUCCGAGUGAGUCACUACCAUCAUUCACCCCCCUUACAUAAUCUCCGAGUGAGUCACUACCAUCAUUCACCCCCCUUACAUAAUCUCCGAGUGAGUCACUACCAUCAUUCACCCCCCUUACAUAACCUCCGAGUGAGUCACUACCAUCAUUCAACCUCCUUACAUAAUCUCCGAUUGAGUCACUACCAUCAUUCACCCCCCUUUACAUGAUCUCCGAGUGAGUGUCACUACCAUCAUUCACCCCCCUAACAUAAUCUCCGAGUGAGUCACUACCAUCAUUCACCCCCCCCCUUACAUAAUCUCCGAGUGAGUCACUACCAUCAUUCACCCCCCUAACAUAAUCUCCGUGUGAGUCACUACCAUCAUUCACCCCCCCCCCCCCUUACAUAAUCUCCGAGUGAGUCACUACCAUCAUUCACCCCCUAACAUAUUCUCCGAGUGAGUGUCACUACCAUCAUUCACCCCCCCCCCCCUCACAUAACCUCCGAGUGAGUCACUACCAU